AUGUUGAUCUCAUAUACAGUGAUGAAGAAUUGGCUUUCUCGAAUUUUCUCUUGGGUUUCGACGGAACCCAUUGUUUCCGAAUCUGGGCUUCUCUUUUCAGUGAUGAAGAAAGUCACUAUGGCUCUACUCACUUGCAUUUUUGCUUUAGGUGGAGCUACAGUUGGAGCAAUCACCGGAGGACUCAAAGGACAAACUACAGAAACUGGUUUUUCACGUGGGGUGGGUGUUGGUACGGUGGCUGGGGCCAUCACCGGAGUCCAAUUGAUGGAACUUAUAGUUAAUGGAGAGCCAUUUUCUAAGGUUGCACUAAUAUGUAGUCUUGUAAACGGGAAGAUAUUUAUGGAAUGGGUGAGUCCUGCCGUGCUAAAAGCUUAUCAAUGGCAGAUUAGCACUAUGGAAACAAGUUUGAGGGAGAUUUCAGACAUUUUUGACGUCAAUACAACUAGAGGAUUGUCUCAAGAUACAAUUCAGAAGCUACCAAUUUACGAAUUCUAUUCCCCAAGGACGACAUCUUGUCACGAGACAAAUUGUACGAUUUGCUUACAGGACUUUAAGAACGGAGAAUCUGCAAAGAUGCUACCGAGCUGUAGACAUUUCUUUCAUGUGCACUGCAUAGACGAAUGGCUUCUCCGGCAGGGAACCUGCCCAAUGUGUAGAAGAGAUAUCUGA